UCGCUGAUCAUAAAAGAAAUAAAAAAUAUAUGUAUAAAAAUAUUAAUAAUGAUUGUGAAUGACCUUCAGUGGAUGUGUGGUAAGCCGAACCUUCCAUAAAACCCUGUGGCUGAGACAUAACUUGGAAGUAGUCAAGAUGUUACAGAACAGAAGGCUCCGUCGCUAUCAAAGGUUCUUAAAGACCUUGAGACGUCCACAAUCAAAUUUUUGUUCUUGUCCUUCUCACCUCCAUCCACGACCUUGGGUUCAUCCUCCAUGUCGCACAACCAGACCAUUUAAGGAAGAAGAUUCACUCUCCAGAAGAACCUGUUCCAGCCCAGAUCUUGUGGCAAACACUAGACAAUCCUUUAAAAUGGAUAAAACUCAGUCAAGAUGGGAAUCAGAUGAUCAACACCAUCAGAAUUCAUUACAACAUUUAUACAAUGAUGCUAGAAUUUUAAAAGAAGCCUUCAGAAAAAUACAUCAUGGAGAUCAUUUAUCAAAGGAUAUGUGUAACACUGUAAAAAAAUGGAGCAAGAAGGAGAUACCAAAUUCAAGGAACAAAGUAGAGAGAAACAGGAGAGAGAGACAAAAACUUGCUGAUCAUAGAGAACCUGCUGAAGAUGCAGACAAUAGGAGCUCAGCGCAGCUUGCCCAAGAGGAAGAAGCCCUCCGACAAGAACUCAGGAAUUUACGAGAGUUAACUCAGAGCAAUGCAUCGGUGGUGGAAGAAAAUAAAAGGCUCAUGAGAAAGGUUCAUCAGUUACAGCAACGUCUCAGGAGGCAGGAAACUGUACAGAAAGGCAGUGGUGGAACUGAAAAGAAUACUGAAAGUAGAGAUGAAUAUGUUAUUCUUGCUCUUAGAAAAAAAUAUGAAGAUUUGCUCCAGUAUGUCUUAAAGGUUGAGUCUGAAAACCAGAAGCUAAAGAGCCUAAUAGGAGUGUCUGGUGAGCAAGAAGACAUUUUUAAUUGCUCAGAUCAUGAGCAUGGGGAAUAUGGUCCAAGAGUCUUGGCUAGACUGCAUAAUGACCUUGAAGCACUGAAACAAGAGAUCCUAAAGAAGGAUGAAUAUAUUCUGGAGUGUGAGCAGCACUUACAGACUAUGAAGGAAAAUGUUGAUCGUCACAAUACCCUGAGAAAUCAAACUUCAGGUGCCAGGACGAUAGACACUUCAACACUGGAGGAAGAGUGGAUGAGGAGGCUGAACGAGACCCGGGACAUGUAUGAUCGAGCUAUUCAGGGCUACAAGGAUCAGCUUGGAGAGCUGCAAGAAAAGCUACUUAAUUCUGAAAAAAAUCAUGCUAAACAGGUUACAGAAUUAACCAGUAAGUUAGCUGAAGCACAAAGUGAAGUUAUAGCACCAAAGGCUAAUGAAGUGGAGAUAGAUGAAUCACAUAGGCCUAUUAAUAUAAAUGGGGACAAAGAAAAGGAUAAGAAAAAUGAAAAAGUUGAAAGGCAGAGAUCAGAAGAAACUGAAGAAUCUGACCAGUCAGGAUUUGAAGAAACUGAGAAACAAGAAAAAACAUCUGAGCCUAAAAGACCUGAUGACAAAGAGCACAGAAAAAAUGAUAAUACCAAAAGAAAUGGUGAAAAUGUUAGCAGACUUGAGAAAUCCAGCCAGUCUUCCAGUACAGCAAAAUCGCAGAAUAAAGACACUGAAACUACUUCAGAGACACCUGAAGUAAUAAGAUUUGAAAGGUAUAGUGAAUCUAUAGAGAAUUUAGUGAAGAGACUUGAAAGUUCAAGCUUGGGUCGAGAUGAAAUAGAAAACAUCACUUCUGUUAUAAAAGACACAGUUAGCGAGUGUUUAAAUGAGUGGAAGGGAAGUCUCCGGCAGGAACUGACUCAAGAAAAAGAUGAUACUGAUAAACUUAAGAAAGAAUAUGAGGACCUGCAAAAAAAAUUGAGAAGCAAGAACAAAAAAAUUGAGUCUUUACAGAAUCAAUGUAAGGAUUUUGAACAACAAAAUUUAAAACUUCAUCACCAGUAUUCUCAGCUUGAAUUAAGAAUGGAUGCAUCUCAAAUAACAGGCCAAUUGGAUGUGCUACAGGAGCUCCCAAAGAAAUUGCAAGAGACUGAACAAAGGUUGUUAGACACAAGGGAGUUAUUUCAACAAGCCCAAGGAGAAAAACAAGCAUUACAGGACCAGCUUCAUGUACUAGAAGAAAAAUUAAGCAAAAAGGAAACCAAACUCAAAAGCGAACGUGAGCAGUGUUCCAGUAGAGAAAAGGAAAUUAAAAAUCUUCGGGAAACUUCUUCCUCUCUGCAGCGCCAACUGGAGGAUGCAGCAAAGGAGGCAAGUCACCUGCAAGAACAAAUGUCUACCAAAGAUACAAUAUUAGAGCACACGUCAACUCAACUAGAGGAAAGAAUACGUGAGUGUGCUACCUUAUCCUCCCUUGUAGAUCACUAUAAAAUUCAACAAAAUCAAGAAUCAAAUCGGAUUCAGGCCCAGCUAUGUGAAAGGGAGAGUGCCUCUUAUCAACAGUACAUGGAGGCACAGGCUUUGGCUACACGUUGUCAGGCACAGCUCUCUGCUUUACGUUCUGAAAAGGAUCACAAUGAAAAAUCCCUCAGAAAUAAUGUUCGUAAGCUAGAGGAGCAAGUGGAUCAACUUCAGUUAAAGAACUCGACCCUUCAGAGGCAGCUAACCAUUAUCACUUCCACUUACCAUAACAUGUUUUCAAGUGUGGAUCUCAACCUGCCCAGUUCUCCUGGCCUAGGGAGCUCCGAUGCAAAAAAUCUAUGAAAAAAGCUUAAAAAAAAUUAUAGUUUUAGAGCUUGUGCUUAUUUAAUGAAUGUAAUAUAGUGAUUUGUAGACAGAUGGAUUGCUAGAUAGAACUAAAUAUGCUUUGUGUAAAUUACUAAAUGUAAAAAGAAAAACUUGUCUUUUUAGAGGAUCACCCAGCUUCAAUGGGAGACAGCCAGCGAAUUAAAAAAAAAAUUAUGAUAUAAUCUUAAUAAGAAAUGCCUCUGUCUUCCUUUCUUGUGUCACUCUGCCCUUGAGUCCUGUCUCUAUCAUAUAGAUAAAAGAAUUAAGGUAAUAUGUAUAGUAUUGUUUGUUUUUAAUUUUUUUUUUUUAAACAAGUCGGUCAUCUCCCACCGAGGCAGGGUGACCCAAAAAAAAAAAAAAAAUCCCAAAAAAGAAAAUACUUUCAUCAUCAUCAUUCAACUCUUUCAACUCACUCACACAUAAUCACUGUUUUUGCAGAGGUGCUCAGAACACAACAGCUUGGAAGCAUAUACCUAUAAAGAUACACAAACAUAUCCCUCCAAACUGCUAAUAUCCCGAACCCCUCUUUUAGAGUGCAGGCAUUGUACUUCCCAUUUCCAGGACUCAAGUCCGGCUAUAUAAAAAUAACCAGUUUCCCUGAAUCCCUUCACUAAAUAUUACCCUGCUCUCACCCCAACAGAUCGUCAGGUCCCAAAUAUCAUUCGUCUCCAUUCACUCCUAUCUAACACGCUCACGCACGCUUGCUGGAAGUCCAAGCCGCUCGCCCACAAAACCUCCUUUACCCCCUCCCUCCAACCUUUUCGAGGAUGACCUCUACCCCGCCUUCCUUCCCCUACAGAUUUAUACGCUCUCCAUGUCGUUCUACUUUGAUCCAUUCUCUCUAAAUGACCAAACCACCUCAACAACCCCUCUUCAGCCCUUUGACUAAUACUUUUAUUAACUCCACACCUCCUAAUUUCCACACACUGAAUUUUCUGCAUGAUAGUUACACCACACAUUGCCCUUAGACAGGACAUCUCCACUGCCUCCAACUGCCUCCUCGCUGCUGCAUUCACAACCCAAGCUUCACACCCAUAUAAGAGUGUUGGUACUACUAUACUUUAAUACAGUCCCUUCUUUGCCUCCAUAGAUAACGUUUUUUGUCUCCACAUAUACCUCAAUGCACCACUCACCUUUUUUACCUCAUCAAUUCUGUGAUUAACCUCAUCCUUCAUAAAUCCAUCCACUGACACAUCAACUCCCAAAUAUCUGAAAGCAUUCACUUCUUCCAUACUCCUCCCCAAUUUGAUAUCCAAUUUUUCUUUAUCUAAAUCAUUUGAUACCCUCAUCACCUUACUCUUUUCUAUGUUCACUUUCAACUUUCUACCUUUACACACACUCCCAAACUCAUACACUAACCUUUGCAAUUUUUCUUUAGAAUCUCCCAUGAGCACAGUAUCAUCAGCAAAAAGCAACUGUAUCAAUUCCCAUUUUGUAUUUGAUUCCCCAUAAUUUAAUCCCACCCCUCUCCUGAACACCCUAGCAUUUACUUCUUUUACAACCCCAUCUAUAAAUAUAUUAAACAACCAUGGUGACAUUACACAUCCCUGUCUAAGACCUACUUUUACUGGGAAGUAGUCUCCCUCUCCUCUACACACCCUAACCUGAGCCUCACUAUCCUCAUAAAAACUCUUUACAGCAUUUAGUAACUUACCACCUAUUCCAUGUACUUGGAACAUCUGCCACAUUGUUUCCCUAUCCACUCUAUCAUAUGCCUUUGUCAUAUGUCACUUAAAAUGCUCCCUCUCAAGAGAGGUUCCUUGAUGCUGAAGGCUCACUGGGGCAAGUAAUUGAAUCUGUUUGCCCCCUCCAUGGAUCUAACUUGAUUGCUUCCUACUCUCCAAGCAGUGCAUGAUCCUAAUGGAUUUAGUACUUCCCCUUAUACCUUUGAUGACCUUCCAGAGUUUUUCUACUCCUGGAGCCCAGCCAUGGGCUAGGCUCAUCUUGCAUUUACCUGGUCAACCAGGCUAUUGCUGCUGGUGGCCCACUGCCCCACAUAUCCAUCAGAGCCUAGUUGAUCUAUUUAAAAUGUCAAAAAUAUACUGUACAGUGCUGCUCAAGACAGGUAGAACUUACCAAGAUUAAUUCAAUGCAAUAAACUGCAGGCAGUAUUUGUUUAAUAAGAAAGUUACAUUCUGGAAAAAAAAAAGUAAAUUCUCAUUAAGUAAAGCAUGUAUUCCCACAGAGUUCCAUCACUUAAAUUAUGUUCUAAAUAGCAAAAUUUUCAGCCCCUAAAUACACAAAAAAAUAUAAAUGGUCAAAGUAUAAAAUGACAUAAUAGAUUUGAAGAAUUGUAACCACUCCAAUGGGCCACUGCCUGCUUCAUAACAAAUAUUAGCGAGUCUCUGAAUCUAGAUUAAUAAGAUAGAGAGAUAUAUAUGCCACCCUCAGCCCAUUAUUAUAAUCAAAAAGAAGCGCUAAGCCACAAGGACUAUACAGUACCCUCAGCCCAGCAAUCAGUGCAUCAUUAAUGUUUGCUAAACUAAAUUGUGCAUUCAGUUUAGCAAAUUUUUGUAAAGUGUAACUCAUUUCAUUAAGUCGCUACACCAUAAUAUAAAUUGCUUUAAAAUUUCACCAAUUUAUCUGAAGGUUUUAUUAAAGAAAUUUUGCAAUAAAAUAUUUAUCUAGUGCUUUGCUAUUUACUAUAUUUCCUUAACCCUUAAACUGUCCAAACGUAGAUCUGUGUUUUUUCGACAUUUGAAAGUAUGUAAAAAAAACAUAAUUUUUUUUUUUUUUUUAAUUUGAAAACGUGUAAAAAAAAACUUUGAUCUACCUUUUUUUUUUUUUUUAUAUUUGAAAAUAUGUAAAAAAAAACGUAGAUCUACUUUUGGAGCACUACGCAUGUGGACGUAAAUCUGUUUGGACAGUUUAAGGGUUAAAUUUUGAACAAAAUAUAAAGCAAUUAGACCAGUCCAUUUCAUUAAGCUGCACUGUUAUCAUAAUGGGAGGGAUAUUGUCAGUCACUGAACAGUUCAGUAAAACAAUUCUACAGCAACAUUACAGACCUUUC